AUGGCGAAACUACUUUGGAGACCCGGAACCCUGCUUCUCUCACUGCUGGUCUUGGUGGCCCUGCUGGCAGUAGCCUGCAGCUCAUCAGACGCAGUAGAGGAGGAGGCAGAGGAGGAAGCGGCCGCAGCCGCCCCGACGACGGCGCCUACUGCAGAGGCAGAAAGUCAGGACCAGACGUCUACUACCGGCGAGAGCAACACGCCGACGCCUCAACCCCAGAUAGCGUCGACUGAAGUCGCUAUGACCAGCGGAUCUGCCGACCCCACGGCGACGCCAGCCCCCGAAGUACAGUCCUCAGGCCCGGAGGCAGCCCAGGCAACUGCCAAGCCUGAAGGCAAGUACGGAGGCACCAUCGACAUGCACGUCGCUGGUAACGUGGCCCACUGGAAUAUCAUGGAAUGCGGUUCUGGUGGGACCUGCAUGUCGCCGACUGCACCGUUCUCCAACGGAUUGGUCCACUACAACGGUGAAACACCCGAACCUUUGGAUAUUCGGGGCGACCUCGCCACUGGCUGGACGGUCUCCGAAGGCGGCACAAGGUAUGUGUUCGACCUGCCGGACGACGCCCGCUGGCAUGAUGGCGUACAGAUCACUUCAUCAGACGUGGUUUUCAGUAUCAACGAAAUGCUGCGGACCGACGUACCCCGCCCCCGUUCCGGUCAGAUAAGGCCAUACGUGAAGGAGGUGACCGCCCUUGGUGAUUACCAGGUGCAGGUUGACCUGAACUUCGCUUCGUCUGCCUUCCUGGCAUUCAUGGCCCUCGACUUUAUGAAAAUGUGGCCGCAGCACCACGUCGGCACGGAUCCGGCAACGCAGAAGAAUAUGCGUCUUGAAGAAAACAUCCUCGGAUCCGGCCCCUUCGAAAUGGUGGAGCACGAUAAAGACGUGGUCUACAAGUGGGAAAAGAACCAGGACUAUUUCAAAGACGGCCUGCCCUACUUUGACGGGAUGAACUACUACAUCAUCAACGACUCCAGCAGCAUCGUGGCCGCCUACAAGGCCGAGCAGGUGCUGAUGACGGUCUACCUGAACAGCAACAUGAACGUACGGGAGGGCAAGGAACUGCAGGAUCACAGGGAAGGCAAGGGCCGCGUAUUCUUCGCCGGUCCUACCCUUUGGCACGCAAUGCUGAUCAACACCGAGGCGGAACCGUUCAAUGACGUGCGGGUGCGCCGCGCCCUGAACCUGAUCCUCCAUCGCCAGGCAUUCAACGAGAUCUUUGGCGCCGGUGAAUACCUGAUUGGUUCGCCGCUGCCGCCGGAUCAGUGGUUCGGCAGGACAACUGAGGAGUGGCUGGAGCGGCCCGGCCUGCGACAGACGGCCGAAGGAGAUAAGCACCCCGACGAAUCGCCGAGGCCCAGCGGCUGA